UGAGGAUAACCCGACCCGACAACAUGUCGACCCAAUCAGUCAGGAACGUUUCACCUGUCGUAUUCGAGGAGCAUUUCAAGUGCUGCAUCUGCCUGCACAUCUACAACAGUCCCGUCUCCAUCCCGUGUGGACACAACUUCUGCUUCGACUGCAUCCAAGGCUACUGGGAUACGAAGGGCAAGUCCGACUGUCCGCUGUGCAAACAGAUGUACAGAAAACGUCCAGAGCUCAGGAUCAACCGAGAAUUUGCAGAAAUCAUUGAGUUCAUCGAAAGGUCUUUGUCACCCGGAGCAUCAGAAGAGGAGGAUGUCGACUCUGCGGUGGAACCAAACCAACUCUGUGACGCUGACAAAGUUCCCUGUGACGUCUGCCACAAGAACAAGUCAAUGUCAAUCAGCUCGUGUCUCGUCUGCCAGGCGUCGUACUGUGAAACUCACCUGACGCCUCACCUGAAGGUGCCGGCGCUGCAGAGACACCGGCUGACGGAUCCGGCCACCUUCACCAGCAGUCACCUCUGCAGAAACCACAACCAGCCACUGACGAUGUUCUGCAAGAAAGACCAGAGGCCGGUGUGCGUGGGCUGCAAGACAGGGAUCCAUAAACACCACGAGGUCGUCCCCAUGGAGAAGGAAAGCAAGAGGGUUAAGUCUCAACUGAGGGCUACAAAGGUCAACAUUCAGCAGAUGAUCCAGGCCAGGCUGAGAAAAAUGGAGGAGAUCGCAAAUUCAGUCGACCUCGGCAAAAAAAUCACAGAGAGAGAGAUUCUGAGCAGCGCUCAGGUCUGCGCCAUGCUGACCACUGCUAUCCACAAACGAGAGGCCGCCCUGGUGGACGAGCUCAAGCAGAGACAGGAAGAGACAGAGAGGACGGCGGAGCAGAUGCUUCAAGAGCUGGAGCGUGAAAUCAACGAACUGCAGACGAGGGGCAGCGAGCUGCAUCACCUGGAGCUCACUCAGAACCCUCUUCACAUCCUGCAGGGUUUCCGGUCUGUCGGCGGUCUCCCGUCCACUAAAGAGUGGUCUGAGGUCACGGUCCACUCCGAUAACUGCCUGGGGACGGUGAGGAGAGCCGUCUCCGCUCUGGUGGAUGUUUGUCAGGAAGUUGUGGACAAACUCUCAGCAGAAGAAACAGACAAGAUGACUCAAUAUGCAGUGGACGUGACUCUGGAUCCCGUGACGGCUUCAGGCUGGCUGGUCCUGUCUCCAGAUGGAAAGAAGGUGAGCCUCAGCAGCCAGAAAAAGACCUCACUACCAGACAGCCCUCAGCGGUUUGACACCUGCGUCUGUGUUCUGGGGAAACAAAGCUUCACGUGUGGAAGACGCUACUGGGAAGUUCAGGUUGGGGAUAAAACCGACUGGGAUCUCGGUGUGGCCAGAGAGUCCAUCAACAGAAAGGGAACCAUCACGGUGCGUCCCGACAGCGGUUACUGGGCGAUCUGCAGGCGUAAGGGAGGCAGCCUGAGCGCCUGCACCAGCCCCUCCAUCACCAUCCACGCCCAGGAAACCCCUCAGAGAGUGGGCAUAUUCCUGGACUACGAGGGGGGGUCGGUGUCGUUCUACAACGCGGAGACAAAGACUCAUAUCUACACGUACAGCGGGUGUCCUUUCACCGAGCCUCUGAAGCCCUACUUCAAUCCCUGUGUUCAAGACAACGGGAAGAACUCAACCCCGCUGGUGAUCUGUCCUCCGGAGAGAAGCGCCGGGGACAGACAGGAAAUAAUCAUUGAGUCAGACGUAUAAUGUGCGACGCGAAGGAAUAACGCCAACAAUGAGAAAACGUUUAGCGGCUUCAUUAACCUACUAUGGUUUAGAUUGACGUGCAACAGGCCAAGUUUUCUCUGCUUAAACUAGAAACGCACUAGAGAGAGUUAUGAGCAAAGAAGUGAUAGGCCACGCCCGCUUCACCACUUCAAAAACUCCGAAUUAUAGCUAGCUAUAUGUAGCUUUGAAAAAAACUUUUUUUACGAUGUGUUGAUUUCCCGACAGUCUUACUCUUUUGAAGUCUAAAUGUGAAUUUUUUUUUUUACACCGUGAUUCCAAACUUGUGUAUAUAAAUGUGUGUAAAUGUUUUUUUUUUCAAUUUGUUUUAAAUUUGUUUGUCAGUAUUUGAAACCCAUAUCCUAAAUGUGUGACGGAUAAACUGGAGAUAAAAGAUGUGUUUUAAAAAA